AUGCUUGUUUAUUAUGGCAAGCAAGCAAACAAACCCUAUUACAGAGUAAAAAGAACGCUGAAGCAGAAUCACACUACUAUGACCAAUUUUCCCCUCACAGGUUUCAUGGACCACCCCGCGCUUCAGGUCCCGCUCUUCAUCUUGUUCUUGGGAAUCUACGUCACCACGCUGGUGGGGAACGCUGGCAUCAUCCUGUUAACCUUGGGUGAUGCUCAGCUUCACACACCAAUGUACUUCUUCCUCAGCAACCUCGCCAUCGUAGACAUCGGCUAUUCCACCGCCGUCGCUCCCAAGCUGUUGGCAACCCUUGUGACAGAGAACGCAACCAUCUCCUUCGUGGGGUGCCUGGUGCAGUUUUUCUUCUUUUGCCUCUUUGUGAUCACGGAGGGCUGCCUCCUGGCUGCCAUGGCCUAUGAUCGCUACACAGCCAUCUGCAAGCCGCUGCUUUAUCUCACUGUCAUGUCGAAUAAGCUGUGUACCAUGUUGGUGGUAGCUGCAUAUGCCUGCGGCUUUGCAAGUUCCACUGUCCAUACUGUUUGCUCAGACACCCAUGUCACUCACACUGUGCACUUCCUUUUGUCCACCGCAAUUGCACUGACAACUUUUCUGAUUGUCUUGGCUUCCUACGUUGCCAUUGCUGUAGCCAUCCUGCAGAUCCACUCUGCACAGGACCGAUUCAAAGCCUUCUCCAGCUGCACCUCCCAUCUGACCACCGUCACCAUCUUCUUCGGCACCAUCAUCUUCAUUUAUCACUCCUUCAUGUACAUUCGGCCUGGCUCCAGGUUCUCUAUGGAUCAGGACAAAAUAGUUUCUGUGCUUUACAUGCUAGUGAUCUCCCUGCUCAACCCGCUCAUCUACAGCCUGUGGAACAAAGAUGUGAAUGAUGUUGCAAGUAGAUGUAAUAAAGAUGUGAAGGACGGAGCUUAG